AUGGCGCAUUCUUUCGUGAAGCUGCUAUUCCUAGAAUGUCCGGGCUGCGGAGUCCCGAUGCAGUUUGCCGAUCGGGAAGAUGAGUAUCCAGCCUGCAACAUGUUCCUGACAUUUGAGGGAGAACUUCGCUGUAAGAAAUGCCUCGAAGGAGGGGACGCAAAGCCGAUAGAUUUUCUUUAUGAAGAACGAUACUUGUACUGGGCCGUAAAGCUGGAUGAGCGAAGAUUGGAAUCGAGUCGAAUUGCUGUUCCCCUUGCGAUCCGAAAGCAAUUGGAAAUGGUAGAAGGAUUUUAUGUCGGAAAAGAACCUCGAGAAGCGGUCGUUGUGAAAACAGUUAAACCUGUAAAUGGCCACGGAGCAAGCGCCAAGGGACUUUAUCCGGAAAUCCCGGAGCUUGGCUUCACCAUUGUUCGUAAUACCGAA